CGGUACAACAAACGGUGUGAUGGAUAAUCAUGCUAUUCCGCCAUUAAUUCCUUGCCACCUCGAGCCCUUUUAUAAAUUCCUUUCUUCCACACACACCGAUUCAACCGCUCUCAAUCUUACCCUUAACUCAACUCCUCCUCUCUCAUAAAUCCACAUAUUUCCCCCCUCAAUUUUUCACAAAUUUUAGGCACCUCCCUCCCCACAAAAAAAAUCCCAUCUUUUAUUUUUUUUGUUCUUGUAAGCUCUUUUUGGUCAAUUUUGAUGGCGUCCUGAAUGGCAGAAGCAUGAAUUAUUAAUCCCUCUUACCUGUAAAAAAUUUCACCAACUUUUGGUACCUCCCUCCCCACGAAAAAAAUCCCAUCUUUUUGUUCUUGUACGCUCUUUUUGGUCAAUUUUGAUGGUGUCCUGUGUUCAAAGCAAUGGUAAUGGCAGAAGCAUGGAUUAUUAAUCCCUCUUACCUGUAAAAAAUUUCACCAACUUUUGACCCCUGCAAAUCUCCACAAUGCCGAACAGAUGGGGUGAUCAUGAUAAUGAUAAUGAUAGUAUGUUUUUCGAUCUGGCUGAAAAACCAGGGACUAAAAAGGAAGAAAUGAAAUCUGAAACCCAGGUGAAAAAGGACCGAUGCCCAUCGUACGGAACGAUGUCUGUCAUGGGCAGGAGAGACGAGAUGGAAGAUGCAGUGGCGGCGGUUCCAUGGUUUUGCAUGGGGCCGACGUCGGGUUUGCAUUUUUUCGGUGUAUAUGACGGGCAUGGCGGCGGGCAGGCGUCGGCGUUUUGCAGGGAGCGGCUGCACGAUUUUCUGGCGGCGGAGCUCCGUGGGCUGCCCGAGGAAGGGCGGCGGGAUUACGGCGAGCGGGAAUGGGUGGAAGUUAUGAAGAAUUGCUUUGUGAAAAUGGAUAUUCAGCUGGGUGGGAUGUGUUCUAGCGGCAAAUGUAAGGGUGAUAUUUAUGGCGGCUGUUGUCGGAAUCUUGUGGUGCCGGUAAUUGUCGGCUCGACGGCCGUCGUUGCGGUGGUGAGUGAGUCUCAGAUCGUCGUUGGAAAUUGCGGCGACUCUCGGGCGGUGCUCUGCCGGGGAGGAAAGGCCGUGCCUUUUUCGAUUGAUCACAAGCCUGAACGAGAGGACGAGAUGGAUCGAAUCGAAGCUGCUGGAGGUCGUAUCAUUUUCUGGGAUGGGUACCGUGUCGGCGGCUUGCUUUCCAUGUCCAGAGCUCUAGGGGACAGAUAUCUGAAACAGUAUGUGAUUUCUGAGCCAGAGGUGAGAUUUACAGAACGCAGAGAAGAUGACGAAUUUCUUAUAUUGGCGAGCGAUGGGCUUUGGGACGUGCUAUCCAACGAAAGCGCAUGCGAAGUGGUUAGCAAAUGCUUAGCCGGAAAACGGCCGCCGCCACAUUUUAAAGCAGCGGCUGCCGCCACUUCAUCCGUUGCCGUUGCCGCUGCGCUCCUCGCCGAAAUUGCUCUCGCACGUGGGAGCAGCGAUAAUAUAAGCGUCGUUGUCAUCGAUCUCAAAGAUAAUAGAAAUUUGAAGCCCCGGAUUAACAGAUCCCGUCAGCCGCAGUCGCUUAAAAUUCAAACUAAUUUAUGAUACAGCCACGCUCAAAAAAAUUUCUCCAUUAAUUUAUAUGUAAAUAAUCUCAGAGUUGACACAGAGAUAAAACAGAAACAUCUUCUGAUGUCUGUAAAUAUUCAUGUUUUUCCAAAUUUUCUCCCCUGCAUUCUGUAUAAACUGUAUGAAUUCAAAUAAUUUGUUUCUUUUUUUAAAUAAAAUUACAGGCCUUUUUUGUGCAAUUAA